AUGUGCAUCCUCCGACCGAACACAACAGUAAAUGAGAUUAAAGCCAAACUAAAUAGCCUGAGGACGCACUUCAACAAAGAAUUAGCAAGAAUUAGAAAUGCACCCUCUGGAUCAGGGGCAGAAGCAGCUCGGAUCUCAUUGUGGUGCUUCGAGAAUCUUUUAUUCUUACAAGACCAAACUGUUGCGACACCCAGUGAUUCCAAUUUAAAAGUAGACAACGAAUGUACUGAAAAUGAGAUUAUACAGAUCAACAAUGAUCAAGAAUCAAUGUCUGUUCUUGAAGAGGAAAGUGAUCCUGAAAAUUUUAAUAGCAACACUAAGACUCCAACAAGCUCCAAAAAAUCUACAAGUGAACAUAAUAUUGUUGCUAAUUCUUGCUAAUUGUUGCCGAAAGAGAAAAAAGACAAAUUUGUCAAACAAAACAGAAACGCAAGACGAUCAUAUAGAAAUAUUUGGAAAAUAUAUUGCCAGCGAGUUAAGAGCAAUUAGUAAUACAACACAACAAAAAAGAUGCAAAAAUGCCAUAGUGAAAGUUUUGUUUCAGUUUAAUGAUGAGGAUGACUGAUAUAAUUGUGAAUUUUAAAUUUGAAUUGUGUUUUUUAGAUUAAUAAUAAAA